AUGUCAUUCGGAGGGGACUCAGCGAACGCCUUUGUCGUGCGUGGUGAGAAUGGACCAGAAGACGUCGCGAUGAUGGACGCCAAAAGGGAUUUAGCCUGUGAAGAAAACCUUGUCGGUCUGGAAUAUGCAGACGACAUCGUUCUCAUGUUCGAAGAGGAGGAAAAGACGCAAGUAUUCUUGGAUGAACUGACCAAAGUCAUCCCGUCCUUUGGUAUGCACUUCGCACCCACAAAGUGUAAGGACAUGCUUGUGGACGUGCAGUCACUGAACACGUCACUUACAAUCCAGGGAGAGGUACUGGAAGUUGUGGAGCGUUCUACGUAUCUGGGAAGUUGUAUUAGUUCUGAUUGUAGUGUGACAGAUGAGGUGAAUGCACGAAUCUGCAAGGCUCGGGCCGCGUUUGCUAACUUGAGACACCUAUGGCGUCAGAAUGGUUUAUCCCUGAAUCUGAAGGGACGUGUGUAUCAAGCUACAGUACGGGCUGUUUUGUUGUAUGGCUGUGAGACUUGGCCUAUUCGAGCAGCGAACCUGAGACGUCUUCAGGUGUUCGACAAUCGUUGUCUCAGAACCAUAGCUCGCGUGGGUUGGUGUCGGCGAAUCCAUAACGAGGCAGUUAGAGUGCGUGUUCUAGGUUAUGUAAAGGGUCCAGCACCAGAAGCUGCGUUGGUUGGUCGACAAUCGUUCAGAACCAUAGCUCGUGUGGGUUGGUGUCGGCGAAUCUGUAAUGAGGCAGUUAGAAAGCGUGUUUUCGGUUGUGUAACGAACGCUUCCAUUGAAGAAUGUGUACAGCACCAGAAGCUGCGUUGGUUGGGACAUGUAUUGCGUAUGGCGAACCAUCGUUUGCCGAAGAGAGUACUGUUUUCCAUGCCCAAUCUGGAGUGGCGUAAACAGAGAGGUGGCCAACCCUUGACCUGGCAGAGGAGUAUGAAGGAGACGACGAAACGCUUGGGUGCUGUCGGUGCUACUCGCCUUCCAGGAUGGCGACCGCGUGACCCUCACUGUGCCUGGUUGGAUACACUACAAGAUAUGGCUGCCAACCGAUUUGAAGACAGCCAGAGAAACAAAACGAACAACAGUAACAUGGUCCGACCCAUUUACUUCGAUGCACAAGCAACCAGCCCCGUCGAUCCACGAGUGUUAGAUGCGAUGUUGCCUUACUAUGUCAGUCAUUUUGGGAAUCCUCACUCAAGAACUCACGCAUACGGCUGGGAAUGUGAAGAGGCCGUGGAAAAUGCACGAAAGCAAGUUGCCGAUUUGAUUAACGCAGAUCCGAAAGAAAUCAUCUUUACCAGUGGGGCCACUGAAAGCAAUAACAUAGCUGUCAAAGGCGUCUCAGCGUUCUAUGCCCCAAAGAAGAAACACGUUAUAACUACACAGACAGAACACAAAUGUGUACUCGAUUCUUGUCGAGCUAUCGAAAAUCGAGGUUUUGAAGUUACUUAUUUGCCAGUGCAGACUAAUGGCAUCCUAGAUUUGCAGGUUCUGGAGAAAGCUAUCCGACCUGAUACUAGUCUUGUCUCUGUGAUGACAGUGAACAAUGAAAUUGGAGUUAUCCAGCCAGUUGAAGCUAUUGGAGAGUUGUGCCGGAAUAAGGGAGUGUUUUUUCACACGGAUGCUGCUCAGGCGGUCGGGAAAAUUCCUCUGGAUGUGAAUAAGAUGAAUAUUGAUUUGAUGUCAAUCAGUGGACACAAGAUCUACGGCCCACAAGGUAUCGGGGCUUUGUACGUCCGUCGUCGUCCACGUGUUCGACUGGAGGCCCAUCAGAGUGGCGGGGGGCAGGAACGAGGUCUACGAUCUGGUACCGUUCCAACAGCGCUUACCGUCGCUUUGGGAGCCGCUUGCGCACUGGCGAAACAGGAGAUGAAGCGUAGCCUGUGGAAUGUGCAGUUCAUGGUUGUGUAUGGUGAGCUCUCCAAGUGCUUUCCUACAAAAAGUGGUGUCAGACAAGGAUGUCCACUCUCCCCAUUCUUGUUCAACUUCGUCAUCGAUGAAAUAAUGAGGCGAACACUGGACGGUUUUCAAAACCCCGGUGUUCAAAUUGUUGCUGGCGAGAGCCUUGUCGAUCUGGAGUACGCAGAUGACAUCGCCCUCAUCUUUGAAGACCUUAGCGAAGCACAAGCCCUGUUGAACAAACUGACCGCCAUCAUACCAUCAUUUGGCAUGCGCCUUGCACCUUCGAAGUGCAAAGUCCUGCUUCAGAACGUGCCAUCUGCGAACAUAUCCCUUACAGUUCAAGGAGAACCACUGGAGAUUGUGGAAAACUUUACAUACCUCGGUAGUUGUAUUAGCUCUGACGGAAGUGUGGCUGAUGAAGUCAGUGCAAGGAUCUCAAAGGCUCGAAUCACGUUUGCUAAUUUGCGUCACUUGUGGCGUCAAAAAGGCAUCUCACUGGAUCUUAAGGGUCGUGUGUACCAGGCUACAGUAAGGGCUGUGUUGUUGCAUGGGUGCGAGACAUGGCCUCUGCGGGUAGAGGAUGUGAGGCGUCUUCAGGUUUUCGACCACCGAUGCCUCAGAAGCGUGGCUGGUUGCACCUCAAUCCGGGAAAACAUCCAGCAUCAUCGACUGCGAUGGCUCGGUCAUGUGCUACGCAUGCCGAAACACCGUCUACCGAGACGAGUGUUGUUCUACUUGCCUCCUUCAGGAUGGCGCCAACCGCGAGGUGGACAGCACAUGACUUGGAAGAAAGGCGUGAAAGAGAUAACGAAGAGUUUGGCUGUUGGUGUUGUACGCCUCCCGGGAUGGGGUCCCCGUGACCCCGUCUGUGCUUGGCUGGAGACGUUGCAAGAAAUGGCGGCUAAUCGAUGUCAGUGA